AUGCCGCCGAUGAAGAAUACACCGCCUGCAAAGGCCGUGAAGACUGAGCGGACUCACGAGGAGAACCAGGAAAGAGCAUACAUCGCCGCCUCGAGAAGAAGUGAUCGAAGCCUAGAGGCUCGAGUAGAAUCCGCCCGGAGAGCAUCUGAAAUCCACAAACGACGGACGGGUCGGUCACUCCGAGUCACUGAACAAGAUGUCAUCAAUGAAGAGAUGUAUGAAGAGGAGGACGAUGAUCUGCCUUUGCAGUAUAGGCGGCUUACAGAGCAUUUGCAGACCGGCUCGGCCGACUUCAAUAGACGGUUGGCAGCAUAUCUGACAAACCAGGUGGCGAUGCGAACCGCAAUGGAGCAGAUGGUCCAAAGCCCAUAUGGCUUACAUCCCAACCGCGCUUAUCAAGGCAACUCCGGCAUGUUCCCAUCUCCUAUGCUGCCUCAACAGCAGGGCAUGGUUCAGUCACCAAAUGCAUACCAGCGUCCAGCCCCAUAUCCCUCACCGCAUCACCCCAGCUUCCGCCAGACACAUGGCAGAGCGUUCUCAAUGCAAGCAAUGCCCACAGCCCAAGGAAUGACAUCUCCAUCCGCGUCCGCUCAACAGCUAUCAGCAGAUAACCGAAGGUUAUCGACGCCGACCUCAGCACAUCCCGAUCUCUCGUCAGGUCCGCAAAUUCAAACGGACGGAUUGAAAGCAGACCCAGAAUAUCAACGCCAAACCCAGUCAGCGACACUGCCUCAAGGCGGAUCCGGAUCAAAUGGAUUUAUGCCUUUCUGGCGAGACAUGGGACCUUUCACCACUUCGCUCCCACCGGAGUCCCAGCAGAUGCUCGCACAGGCACCUGGCUUCGACGUCAGGGAUCCAGACUAUGCCAUGCUAAUGCAGGGCUCGGAGCAGUUCAUCAACGAUCCCUACUACCCCUGGCAGAACAUGCACAGCGGCAUCAAAGGUAUGCCAGUCCACCCCUCAGCAUAUCCGGGUAUGUCGGCGACACUGGCACCGGCGGCACUAGAGAAAAACACAGACUACCUCAAACAACCUGUGUCGACAUCAGCCGGAGGACCCACUUCUGCACCUGCAGCACCCACCGAUGUUCUGCCUAGUGCCGGUCUUGACUUCAAGUUCAGUCAAGAAAGCAAAGAGCCCGCUUUCACCUCAAUAGUCGGCGACAUGGCCAUCAGUCCAGGCCAGGUGACCCCUGUUGGCGAGGGCUUCUGGGAUCACUUCGUCAUGGACGGUAGCUGGGAGGAUGGCGUGAAUAGUAUUCAUCGCCCUGGUGCUGACGGUAACCCUGGUGAUGACAACAACCCUUCGGACAACAUGCCCGGCAACAAUCUCCGCGGCGUCGAGGUCGGGUCCGGAGGCGAGGUGGAUCGAAAGCAUGGCGCUUGA